CUUGCCAUGGCUUCGAUAAAGUCCGUGAACACCAAGGCGGAGGUGGCUCGGGCCCGGGCGGCUCUGGCUGUGAACAUAUGCGCUGCGCGAGGGCUGCAGGAUGUGCUGCGGACCAACUUGGGUCCUAAGGGCACCAUGAAAAUGCUCGUUUCUGGUGCAGGUGACAUCAAGCUCACCAAAGAUGGUAACGUGCUGCUCCGUGAGAUGCAAAUUCAACACCCAGCAGCUUCGUUAAUAGCCAAAGUAGCAACAGCCCAGGACGAUAUCACCGGAGAUGGUACCACUUCCAACGUUCUAAUUAUUGGAGAGUUACUAAAGCAAGCUGAUCUUUACAUCUCUGAGGGUCUACACCCUAGAAUAAUAGCUGAAGGCUUUGAAACUGCAAAGAUAAAAGCCCUGGAAGUUUUGGAGAAAAUAAAAGUAGAAAAGGAGAUGAAAAGAGAAAUUCUUUUAGAUGUGGCUAGAACAUCUUUACAAACUAAAGUUCAUGCUGAAUUGGCUGAUGUGUUAACAAAGGCUGUGGUGGAUUCUGUUUUGGCUGUUAGAAGACCAGGUCACCCAAUUGAUCUCUUCAUGAUAGAAAUCAUGGAGAUGAAGCAUAAAUCAGAGACAGAUACAAAGUUAAUCAAAGGAUUGGUUUUGGAUCAUGGUGCCCGUCAUCCAGAUAUGAAGAAACUAGUAGAAGAUGCAUUUAUUUUUACUUGCAAUGUAUCACUAGAAUAUGAAAAAACAGAGGUGAACUCUGGCUUCUUUUAUAAGACUGCAGAAGAAAGAGAAAAAUUAGUAAAAGCUGAAAGGAAAUUUAUUGAGGACAGAGUACAAAAGAUCAUAGACUUGAAAAACAAAGUUUGCGAUAAGUCCCAUAAAGGAUUUGUUGUUAUUAAUCAAAAGGGAAUUGAUCCAUUUUCCUUAGAAACUCUGGCAAAACAUGGAAUUGUAGCUCUUCGCAGAGCAAAAAGAAGAAAUAUGGAAAGACUCUCUCUUGCUUGUGGUGGAAUGGCUGUGAAUUCUCUGGAAGAUCUCAGUGUGGAGUGCCUGGGCUAUGCUGGUCUUGUGUACGAGCAUACAUUAGGUGAAGAAAAGUUUACUUUUAUUGAGAACUGUAUUAACCCUCGCUCUGUUACCCUGUUGGUCAAAGGACCUAAUAAGCAUACGCUAACACAAACCAAGGACGCCAUAAGAGAUGGACUUCGUGCCAUCAAAAACGCCAUUGAGGAUGGCUGUGUAGUUCCAGGGGCAGGUGCAGUUGAAGUAGCACUGGCCGAAGCCCUUGUUAAAUAUAAACACAAAAUAGAAGGAAGAGCUCGUCUUGGAGUGCAGGCUUUUGCGGACGCCUUACUCAUUAUUCCCAAGGUUCUUGCUCAGAAUUCUGGUUAUGACAUGCAGGAAACACUGGUAAAAGUUCAGGCUGAGCACGUAGGAUCCAAACAACUUGUUGGCAUAGAUUUGAAUACUGGUGAACCAAUGGUAGCAGCAGAUGCAAGAGUCUGGGAUAAUUAUUGUGUGAAAAAACAACUUCUUCAUUCUUGCACAAUGAUUGCUACCAACAUUCUCCUGGUUGAUGAAAUUAUGCGAGCUGGGAUGUCUUCUCUCAAAGGGUAAUUGAAUUCAGAAUCAGCUCUUCUGGAAGAUGUGAUUUAAUACACCUUAUAUCCAAAUUGCUACUGUAUGGCUUGGGCCAGGCCUAAUUUUAACAUAAUAGUGAAGUUUAU